AUGACAUUAGGUCAGCAUCAACAGGAGAACCGCGAGCGAGUUGUUGCACUACCCGGGGACAGCUACCAGCCAACUUCGGCGGAGAAGGAUGCUGCUGGCCAGUGGGUUUUUCACAGGACCCAGAUUGAAGCGGGAAGCUCCCCGUGCAGCCGGUCCUCCGCGCCGCCGCAAGCUGCGCUCCCCAUUAGCGCCCCCGCCCCGCCCCGCCGCGCUCUCGCCGGGAGCCCGGGAGGGGGGCGAAGCCGCGGGCACCCAAAGUUUUGCCCGCGGCGGUCUGCACUCCCCCCUCCCCCGCGCCCCGGACUCCGGCAGCCGGCCGUGCGGGAUCGGGACCCGGGCAGGGUCUGCGGGGCUCUGUCGCCCGGCGGAUCCGAGGUCCGGCGGAGAUGCCGGCCGGCCGCCCGCGGGGGGCGCCGGGCUCCGACGAGCGGUCGACUCCCAACUUGGGCGGCGGGGGCCGCACGGCUCCGCUCCCGCCGGCGACAGAGCCCCGCAGGGCGCGUCCGGCGGGCAAGCGCUCGGCUGCCCGGCCCGCUGCGUCAAGCCCCGCCGGCCGCCCCGCGGGCCCGACGGCUCGGACUCGCCCCGGCCCCGCGCCCCGGCCCCCCGCCUACCUUGAGCCAGCGCCCGGAGCAAGUGCAGCUGCAGCGCCAGGAGCGCCCACCAUCCGCGCCGCCGGCCCGCGCUCAACUUUGUCGCCGGCCGCCCGCCGCGCUCCCCCGCGUCCCGGCCGGGGCUCUCGGGCGCCGCGAGGGCUCCCCGGGGCCGCCGCCGCCGCUCGGGGCCGGGGGAGGACCCCCGAGGCCGCCCCGGGCCCGCCGCGCCGCCGCUGCCCCGGGCCAUGCUGAGGAGGAGCUGCCGCCGCCCGCGCCCGGCCUCGGGCCCCGCGAGCGGACGGGCGGGCGGUGGCCGCGGGCCGAGCCGCCAGGUGCGGGGGCCGGGGGCGGCGGAGGGGCGCGGCGGAGGAGAAGUUGUCAGCGGGGGAAAUUCCCGUCACGCCGCCCCGAACGCCCCCGCCGCCGGAGCGCCCCGGCAGCGCCACGUCUCCCGGAGGGUCCAGCGGGCGCUGAAGAGGAGACGCCGCCGCCGCCGCCCCCGCCCGGCGCUGAGGAGAAAGUGCGCCCGCCCGCGCGCCGGCGCUCGCCCUCCGCCGCCGCCGCGCCCCAUUCACAGCCCGGCCGCACGCGCCGCCCGCCCGCGCCCGCCGCCGCCGCUGAUUGGCCGCGGGGAGGCGGCUCGCGGGCCUCGCGCCCCGCCCCCACGCCCUCGCCUGUUUUCAAACUCGCCGCGCCCGCCCGCCUGGAAUUUCGCGCCGGGCCUCGGGCUCGCCUCGGCGGCUUCCCGCGCCGGCUGCGCCCCCUAGGGACGCGCGGCGAGCACUGCAGGCCGGCGGCGUCUCCGCAAGCGCUCGGCCGACCGCUCGGGCGGGGGCGGUGCGGGCCGCAGGGGUGGGGGCCAGGGCGGCGCCGGCCUCGCCCUCCUCGGGACGUGCGGGCGCGCAGGUGGGCUGGCGCACGUGCGGCAGAGGAGCAGGUCGGCUGGGCCGCAGAGCCGCUGGCCCGUGCAGGCGAGGGAGAGGAGAGCCACGUCUCAGUUCCCGCUGCCAGAGCACCUACUGGGCACUACCCACCCUUAUUAAGUCUCAACAAUGACCGUGUGAAGGAAAGAUGGCGAAACUGA